UCCUCUCCAACAUAUAUAGCUGCUAAAAAAGUUAGAUUUCUUCAACCUUUCUGUGAUUUUUGUGGUUUCCCGUAUAAACCUAGUGUUCUUUAAUACCUUUUUUGCUUGUGCACUUUCUACUUUCUGAGAUGGAUUGAGAGAUUGUAAAGUUUCUGCUACUUCUCUUCAAAGCUGCCCAGAGGUGAAUCUUUUAGUAAAAUUGAGAGUUUCAUGGAGUCUCCGGCGAGGCAGCAAAGCUUCCGUAGGAAGAAGAUGACGAAGCAGUUAACAGGGAAACGAGAUGACACCCCUUUGCAUUCAGCAGCAAGAGCAGGGAAUUUGGAAGUGGCUUUGGAAAUGCUCACCAAUUGUGGGGAUGAAGAGUUGAAGAAAUUGUUGUCUAAGCCAAAUCAAUCGGGCGAAACUGCCCUUUAUGUUGCUGCUGAAUAUGGUUAUGUUGAUUUGGUGAAGGAGAUGAUAAAGUAUUAUGAUAUGUCAUCUGCUACUGUCAAAGCUAAAAAUGGGUAUGAUGCCUUUCACAUUGCUUCCAAGCAAGGAGACUUGGAGAUAUUGAAGGUACUCAUGAAGGCCCUUCCUGACCUUUCAAUGACAUUUGAUCAAUCCAACACCACUGCAUUGCACACUGCUGCAAUACAUGGCCAUAUUGAAGUGGUCAAUUUCCUAUUGGAAGGAAAAAGUGGCCUGGCCACGAUAACAAAAAACAAUGGAAAAACUGCAUUGCAUUCUUCUGCAAGAAAUGGACAUUUGGAGGUUGUGAAGGCCCUCUUGAGAAAAGAACCGGGAAUUGCAUUGAGGAUUGAUAAGAAGGGGCAGACGUCUCUUCACAUGGCAGUUAAGGGGCAGAGUAUUGAGGUGGUUGAUGAGCUUAUUGAGUUAGAUUCUGCUUUGAUAAAAAUGGCUGAUAACAAGGGCAACACUUCACUGCACAUAGCAACCCGAAAGGGUCGUGCACAGAUUGUUCAGGCACUACUGAAUCAUGAGGGAAUCGAUAAACAAGCCAUUAACAAAUCAGGAGAAACUGCUCUUGACACUGCUGAGAAAACGGGGCAUUCAGAGAUUGCAAUUAUCCUUAAGAAUCAUGGAGUGCAGAGUUCAAAAACCAUGAAGUCAAUGCCAACAACAAAUACAGCCAAGGAAUUAAAGCAAACUGUAAGUGACAUAAAACACGAGGUACACGACCAGCUCGAGCACACAUUCCAAACACGAAAUCAUGUACAAGGUAUAACCAAGAGGAUCAACAUAAUGAAUGAGGAAGGGCUCAACAACACUGUCAACUCGGCCACAGUUGUUCCUGUUCUAAUUGCCACUGUUACCUUCGCUGCCAUUUUUACUAUCCCUGGCCAGUACGCUGAUGGGUCCAAUCCUAUUCCUCCCGAAGUCUCUCUAGGAGAAGCAAACAUUGCUCGACAAACCCCUUUCUUGAUAUUCAUCAUAUUUGACUCACUUGCACUCUUCAUAUCUUUGGCUGUUGUGGUUGUUCAGACAUCGAUUGUAGUUGUAGAGAGGAAGGCUAAGAAGCAAAUGAUGGGUGUUAUUAGCAAGCUCAUGUGGUUGGCUUGCGUUUUUGUGUCGGUGGCUUUCCUCGCCAUGUCAUAUAUUGUUGUUGGGACUGAGAGAUGGUUGGCCAUUGGAGUGACAGUAUUCGGUACAAUUACGAUGGGAUCGACAUUGGGGACAAUGUGUUAUCGGUUGAUUAUGCAUCGGAUUGGGGCUAACAAUUUGAGUAGCAUCCAUAGGUCAGGAAGGAGUAGUAAGUCAUGGUCUGUGCCAGCGAUCUCAGCUGGAGAUGCUGAGCAAUGGGUAUAAAAAACAAUAUGCAAUUUGCUGUGAGUAAGACGUGUAUCCUUUUUGACCCCUUGUUUAGCAUUUCUGAUCUAUUCCGUCAUAUUUUUAUGAUUUUCCUCCUUUGUGUGUAUAAAUGAUUGCAAUUUUAUCUCAUCCUGUCCUUUUUCUUUGAAGAAUGUAAAUGUGACUGCCAGUUCACGAAAGUUUAGUAGAAUGUAAACAAGUAGCAGAGACUUGUAUUGUAAUCUCUUUAUCCUUAAAUUUAGUGAUUUUGUUGACCAGAUUAAAAAAAAAUUAUUCAUACUAAAUUUCAUUUA